GUCCCAGCUUGAGCGCUGAGAAGGAUGACAUACUCAGAACUAUCGCAAAGGUCGCAGAGAGUGUAAAUGAGCUCAAAAGACAGUCUGAUGAUGAGACAACAAUCGCCAUAUCCUCUAUGACCACGGGCAAAAGAAAAAAGCUUGCAGCACGCUAUGGAGCAUGGGAACAAGUGUCAUGGAUAACUUUUACUGACUUCCCUGCGUUCGGCAAUGUUCAUGCAAAUAAGCGAUAUUGGAAUAGUGGGAUUGCUCGUGGAACUACUGACGUGGUUGUGUUCGAGCCUAAAGCAUUUCGUGAACAAGAUGUUAUAAAACUAGCCAUUGAGUUGAAAAGGCAAGCCCAACCUAACGACGAAAACCAGGCUAUCGGCGAAUUAUUUGCUGCAAAUGCAGUGUCUUCAGAAAAGCCAAUAGUCUUACUGACGGAUUUACAGCAGACGUAUAUCUUCUUUUGGCUUGGCUAUUCUCCAUGUGAAACCACACCUGUCACCUCCCCGCAAACUCCGAAAUUGACUGUCUACGGUACCAAAUUUGAUAAUAUUCACCAAGCGGCAACGUUUGCACGUAUUCUGCUAGAUCCUAGCCAGCUGAGGAAUGCCUCAGUUAAUAUCCAAAACUGUUUUCCAGUCUUUGAUAAGAGGGCACAAACUAUGGAUUUGAGAUCCUAUAUUAUUCCUGAAGAUGGAGAUAUCGGUAAUAUGGAUGAUUUUAAAGAUGAAAUGACAGCAUU